AUGGAGCGCGUUCAAUCGUUCGGUCAACGGACAUUUGCAACGCGUCCGGCCAAUACGAACUGGGAGAGUCUCCCGGAAGAGAACGAGGAAUGUUACGUCCACAGUCCCGAGAACAUCCCCUGCAAGCAGGGACGUAUACCCCUGUACGCCGUCAUAGCCGAGACGGUCGAGGAAGUCCAAACGGCCGUUCGCUUCGCAAGAGACCGUAACCUGCGCGUCGUCGUCAGAAAUACAGGGCAUGGAGUGUGGCGAUCGAGCGGCCCCAACUCCCUCCAAAUCAAUCUGAGCAAGCUCAAGCACAUCAGCCACACCAUGGACUUCAUCCCGCAGGGUGGAACUGAGUCCCUCGGGCAAGCAGUUACACUAGGCGCCGCGACGCUGGCAUACGAGAUCAGCAACGCCGGCGCAAAGGACGGAUACAUCGUCCUCGUCGGCACCUGCUCCACCGUCGGCAUUGCGGGGGGCUUCCUACAAGGCGGCGGAGUUUCAUACCUGGCACCGAUAUACGGCACGCCGGCUGACAAUGCCUUGGAGUUUGUCGUGGUUACUGCGAAGGGCGACCUCGUCGUAGCCAACGACUUCCAACACCAGGACCUCUUCUGGGCCCUCCGCGGCGGCGGCGGCGGCACCUUCGGCAUCGCCGUAAGCACGACAGUACGCGCCUACCCCGACGUUUCCGCCGUCGACGUCUGGGUCAACGUCACGGGCCCCUCCAACUCCACGGAGGCCAUCUGGACCGCCACGCGCGAGAUCCUCCGCAUGUACCCGGCACUGAACGACAAGAAGCACACAGCAAUCGUGGGUGUCGUGCCGAAUCCUUUUCCAGGCUACCCAGCCGGCGUGUAUCUCACCAGCCGGGCCUUGGACGCCACGACAGCGUCCGUCAACGCCCAAUACGCGCCACUGCGUGCCCGGCUCGACGCCCUCGGCAUCAAAUACCGCUACUCGGCCACCUUCCACCCCAGCCUAGCAACGCUAGUCGCCCAGCUGGAGAGCAUAGACAUCGCCGGAGACGGGGUCGUCGAAGGCUCCGUCUUCGUGUCGGAGGCACUUCACAAGGCGCCGGACGGGCCCGAGCGCCUCGUCGACGUCCUGUCGCGGUCCCAUUUCGGGCCGGGCGACGACGCCGGGAUCCUGCUCACAGGCGGCAAGGUGAAAGACAACAGGGGCGUCGUGGACACGGCCAGUCGGCCGUCGUGGCGGGACGCGCUGUCGCUGGUGUGGGUGCGAUGGCGGAUGUCGAGCAGUCCGUCGCCCGCGGAGCAAAGGGCGUACGGGUGGAAUAUGACGAUGGUGCAGAUGCCGCUGCUGCGGUCGCUGGAGGACCGCGAUAUGGGGACGUAUUUGAACAUUGCGGACCCAGGCGAGCCGAAUUUCCAGCACGAGUACUGGGGCGAGAACUAUGCGCGCCUGUGGCGGAUUAAGCAGGAGUGGGAUGGAGAUGGGAUGUUUAUUGUGAAACAUGGGGUUGGGAGCGAAGAGUGGGAUGAGGAGGGUUUGUGUCGGGUUCGUUAG